CGUAAUCAGGAAACAAUGUCGAAAAAUGGUAAAUUAAGCGUGAACUCCCUUGAAAGCACAAGACACCCACCCAACACGUACUUCCGGUCAUUGGUUGAUGUUGUAAACAUCACAAUUUCCAAGAUGAUUCACAGCCUUUUUAUCAUCAACAACACUGGGGAUGUGUUUAUGGAAAAACACUGGAAGAGUGUGGUGAACAAGUCAAUCUGUGAUUACUUCUUUGAAGCCCAGGGCAAGGUGACAAAUCCGGAAGAUGUGCCUCCAGUCAUUGCCACCCCUCAUCACUACCUCAUUAACAUCUACAGAAACAGUCUGUAUUUUGUUGCAGUGGUUACCACUGAGGUACCACCACUGUUUGUGGUAGAGUUUCUGCACAGAAUUUUUGACAUGUUUGAAGACUAUUUCACCGAAUGCUCCGAAACCAACCUGAAAGAUCAUUUUGUGAUUGUGUAUGAGCUGUUGGAUGAGAUGCUGGACAAUGGCUUCCCCUUGGCUGUGGAGUCGAAUGUCCUGAAAGAGCUGAUCAAGCCCCCAAACUUCCUCCGCUCCAUCACAGACACAGUCACUGGGAAGUCCACUGGGGUUGGUGCCACGUUGCCCACUGGUCAGUUGUCCAACAUCCCGUGGAGACGCACGGGCGUCAAGUACACCAACAAUGAGGCCUAUUUUGACGUGAUAGAAGAGAUUGACGCCAUCAUUGACAAGUCUGGCUCCACAGUCAUUGCUGAGAUACAAGGAUACAUUGACUGUCUAAUCAAGCUGAGCGGUAUGCCAGAUCUUACCCUCUCUUUUGUUAACCCCCGGCUCCUGGAUGAUGUCAGCUUCCACCCAUGUGUGCGCUUCAAGAGAUGGGAGACUGAGAAGAUUCUCUCGUUUGUUCCUCCCGAUGGUCACUUCCGUAUGAUGUCCUACCACAUUGGUGCUAACAACAUGGUGGCAAUCCCUGUGUACCUGCGUCACAACAUCUCCUUCCGUGAGGGCAGUGGUGGAAGAUUUGACGUGACAAUAGGGCCCAAACAGACCAUGGGCAAAACAGUUGAAAACGUCGUCCUUGAAGUCCCUUUCCCUAAGUCUGUGCUCAACGUCACCCUGACAGCUAACCAGGGAAAGAACUCGUUUGACCCAGUGUCUAAGCUCAUGACCUGGGAUGUUGGCAAGAUUGAUACUGCGAAACUACCAAAUAUCAAAGGAACUAUCACUCUACAGACAGGUGUUCCCGUGCCAGAGUCUAACCCCACCAUCACCGUUAUGUUCACCAUCAACACUCUGGCUGUGUCGGGUCUGAAGGUCAACAGACUGGACAUGUAUGGAGAGGAAAUGAAGCAAAGGAAAUACAAGCCUUUCAAGGGUGUGAAGUACAUCACCAGAGCGGGCAAGUUCCAGGUGAGGACGUAGGGCCACCUCUGAAGGACGUCCUGUCCAGCGAGAUUCCACCCAAUCAAAGUGUACAUGAUCUUACCGGGGACUGAUUUAGCCUCAUUCCUGCCUGAGUGUGUUGUAUUUUUUAUUUAGUGAUGUCACGUCUCAGGUAAUGUUCAGAAACCCCAGAAAUGUGGGAUGAUUUUCAGUGAUGAACAUUGUGAUGUCAGUUGAGUGAGUAUCUGGUUUUUAUUUAUUGUUCCUAUUGUUAGAAAAUUAUACUAGAUUUUGGGGACGCUUCAAGAUAUUUACUGCAAAAUGUUUCGGUGUGUAUCUCAGUGUGUAUCUCAAAGAAGUCCACUAUUCACAGCAAGACUUCCCACAUAACUGCUGGGAAUAUGUGUCUGUGACAUAACAGUGAGUGCUAUUAUUACUUGCUGCUUGAGAAUGGGUCCAAAAUCUAAAGUAAAAGUGUAAUUGAUGUUUUGUACUGUUGUCUCCCUUUGAGACGCUCUUGCACAACUUGACCAGAAUAUCAUUUUUUUUUUAGUUCUCAUUUGAUUUCUUUUUCCCUACUGCUCCUGAAGGACUCACAACAUUGCAGUGUUUGCUUGAUGUUCAUACAGCUGUGGAUUAUUGUGUUCUUUGAUGAAAAUAAAAUGCCGUCAAACUUUUUCAAUACGGUCACUCCAGAUCACAGAGAAAAGCUGAAAGUUAUAGACAGAUAACUGCAACUCUCAGUGAUCCCAUUUGGUGCACAGAAAGCCAGUGAUUUGAGAUUUGGGGGGGAUAAGACGAUACUUUAGUUUGAUAUUGAAAGUUGCAGACAUCAGAAAGUUUCAAAUUGAGUUAGGGACAGGGGCACGCCCAUUGAAAUGCACUUGUGCGCUGACAGUAAUAAGAUCUUCAGAUGAAAUGCUCAGCACCGAGAAAGAAUGGAGUGAGCACUGGAGGUUACUAUAUGUGAUAGUACUCAUUGCCUUAUUUUCAUUUUCCCUCAUUGCAUAUAUCAUGAUUUGUGUUUCAUUCGUACACAGAGAUUAUGGUGACUGGAUGUGCUGAAUUAACUCUUUCCCUGCGGUUAGUUUGGUUAGGCUUUCCCCUUUUCUACGCAGCCUAUUUUUAGCUCUUCAAGAUGUUUUUGAAAAAAAAAAAAUGGAAACAACUAAACUUUUGACAAUUGGCCAUCAUGGAUGGUUCACUCCUCAAACUGUUGCAGAUUGAGCAGACAUCAUGGGGUGAACAUAAGAUAUGUGUGGAUGUACCUGUA